GACUGUGGCAUGCUGAGCGGGUUAGCAGCAGGAGCUGGCUUGUGUUCUGUAAUAAAUAUGUGGUUCUGAGUUAUAACUCUCCGUGUACAAAGUCUGUUGGAUACACUGCAACAGAAGAAACACUACAGGAGAGAUAUUAAAAUUAAAAUAUCGAUCUGAUACCAAUACCAGUGUUGGCAUCGAUACUAUCGAUAUUUAGAUCGAUCCGCCCACCCCUACUGGAAGCCUGCUCUGAGGUGGAUGUUGCACACUGGUGGAGGACGAGGAGAUUUUCCCUUCUAUGUAAAGCACUUUGAGUGCCCAGAAAAGCGCUAUAUAAAUGACUUUAAUUUCGGUUUGGAGGCCAUUAAGCCAAUCACAACAUCGACUGGAACAUCUGCACAAUGAAGUAUAAAACAGCUUUCAUGCUAAUGCUCAUGUCAGAAUUGGCAUUCACUAUACUGACAUUGUCAACUAGCCACCAUGUGGCAGUUAUUUUGGGGGAGCGUGCCAUUCUCCCUUGUAAAAACACAUGUACUGGACCUUUAACUUGGACAUUUACUGGUGGUAGGAAGAAACUGGAGGUUUUGAAAUGUGAUAAAGAAAGUUGUACCGAAGGAGGUGGCUUUAAGACCAGAUUGAGCCUUUCCCCUGAAAAGACCAAGAAUGGAGACCUGUCUCUUACAUUAAAUCAUGCUUUGUACAAUGACAAGGGAUGGUACGAGGCCAGUUGCGGUUCAACAUUUCUCUGCAAUUCAUUUUUAGAAGUUCUGUUCCCUGUAACAGUGAAUGUGUCAGUUGGGGAGGACGUGACACUACCUUGCUAUGCACAUACUGACAAGGAGGUUGCUGACGAUGAUGUGAACAUCCUGUGGAAAAGGGGUGACCAAAUAGCUGUGCAAGUUCAAAAUGGGAUUACAAACUAUGGUUCAGGUUAUAUAGAGAGGGCCUCUCUUUCAGUAAGUGGUUAUAAAGAUGGAGACCUUUCCCUUUCAAUACGCAGAGCCACCACAUUAGACAAAGGAUUAUACCUAUGUUAUCACAGCACGGAAGAGGAAAAUGGAUACCCAGGAGCUGUUGUUCUCAACAUUGAAGCUUAUCAGAGCUUUCAAGAAAAAACAUCUGGCGAUUUUCUUACCCUGGAUUUGUUUGUCUCCGACCCAGUAACAAUAAGCUUCACCAGUGCUUAUACAACAGAGAUUCUGCUCUGCAGUGUAGAGAGAAGCAUCGCUACAUGUAGUCCUGACUACACUCACAGAGUGUCUAUCGUGGAUUCCUUCCUUGUGCUGCGUGAAUUAACCGCAUCUGAUACUGGAAUAUUUACAGUGAAAGACAAGAUGGAUGUAAUGAUUGCAAUUUACAACGUUGCUGUGAAGAGUCUGGAGACUUGUGAGAUUUGGAGAUCUAACAGUUUUAUUCUGAUACCAAUAAGUGGUUUCCUUCUCAUUUGCACUGGUCUGUACAUUUGGACUAAAAUCAGACAAUGAAAGAAGUUAUCAAUUUGAGCCAAAGGAUAGGUGACCAGAAGGGACAACCAUAUUAUUCAUAUGGCCAUCAUAUAAAAAGGUCUAAAUCCUUAGUCUGGGGCUGUGGAAAAUAAUAAAAGGUUAUUUCUUCCUCUG